CAUCUGUGGUCGGCCAUUUUGUAAUUAAAGUCGAUACUGUCGGUCGCCAGGCCGCUUGUCAAACACUGUUAACCUAUCAUACAGCUCAAUAUUUUUGAUAGAGAUAAACAGUAGACGCCGGGCUAUCAUUGAGACGACGGUAAUCAAUCGAGCUUCUCCGCAAAUCAGCAUGAAAUUCGAGGAGGCUUAAAUGAAUCGAUUGGCAAAACCAAACGUGUGAAAAUAUUCCAGCGAUUGGAAUAUACCGUCGCUUAAGUAUGGGGUUGUUGAAUUAAAGAGCCUUAGAUUUUCAAUAUACGUGCACAAGGCUAAACGAUCCCUCAGUUAUUGAACGUGAAACGUUUUAUCACUAAUGUCAGGGCCAGUGACGAAGACCAUUGAAAAUCCAGAAGUUCCCGGAUUAGAAUGUCUGCUACCACCUCGGCCACCCCCGCCCCCUGCGUCGUUAUCGUCGACAGAAUCGAGCGUUGUAACGACGCAAAUCCAGCUUCCUCAGCAACCCGAAGAGAAUGCUUCAGCAACAACAGGCACGGUGCUGGCGCCGAGUCAAUUUCCAACUGCCGCCACUUCUCCUUAUUAUAUCCAUCCCCCGAUACAAACGCAAAGUUCUUCCACCCCGUGGUGGGUGCCAACGGAAGCAGAUUCCUCGGAACUUUACGACUCGCAAUACGCGCAAUGGUACGAAGCAACUUACAAAGUUCCUCCGCCAGCUAACCUUUCCGGCAAAGCUAAAUCCAAGUAUUACAAACGCAAGAGUGAAUUCAUUGACCCCGCUCAAGAUGCAGAGAAAGUUGCAAGUGCUCAAAGGGAACUUUCCGCUCUAAUGAAACCGCUAAAAUGUGACUUGUGCAAUGCAGUUAUGAAUUCUACGUUGCAAGCAAAAUUACAUUACGAUGGUAAACCCCAUCAGAAAAAGGUAUCUAUGUUCCUGAAUCAGAGUGUGAAAAAAUUGAAAACUGAAGACAGUGGUCAAGUUUCCAGUACAACUGAAGCGGAUUGGAAUACCUACUGCGAGAUCUGCAAGACUUGGUUCACCUCGCAAACCGAUGCGACGCAACAUUAUGCUGGCAAGAAGCAUCUUAGGGCAGCUAAUGGUGGCCCACGUGUGAGGACAUCGAAGAAGCAGAACCAGAAUCAAACCCCGAUAGAUCCGAGCGGACGGUUUGGCAUAGGGAUAGGUUUUCAAGCUGAAGCACCAGCCCCUGUAAUUAUUCCGGCAGAAGCUGCCAUCGUCGUACCUGUUGUAUCACCUGUACCUAUACCGACUAUAGCUGCAGCAGUACCAGUCAGUACGCCUCUCUAUACAGCUCCAUCUUACCAAACGCUAUUGCGUUGUGACCUUUGCGGUGUUUCGGCAAAUCGAAAAGAUCAAUUAGAAACACAUCGUCGAGGUGCAAGGCAUCUCAGGAUGCUUAGAAUGAAUGGGCUUCCAGUACCUGACGCAGUACCUGAAGCUGAAGCGGUCCCUGUAGCUAGUGGACCGAUAGAUUAUUCAAUUUAUAGAACCCCGUCGGGACAAUACUACUGCGCACCUUGCAAUGUCUCUCUGAACUCAGAGAGCAGCUUUGCACAACAUGUUGAAAGUAAAAAGCACAAGAACCAGCUAAACCCAAAAUCACCGUCCACUGCUGCCAACACUGCAAAGAAAACAAGGUUUAAAAAAAAGUAGUCACUUUCCAUUGGAUUUAAGCGUUAAAAUAGCGACAUUCUAUUUUCUCAGUUUAUCAAUCUUCAAAUGAUUUAUACUCGAUGUACGCGGAGCACAUUUUUGCUGCAGACCUCUCAAUAUCUGCGCAAAUUUUCUUAGCAAAGUCUCCAUUAACAAACUACAAUCCAAAGAUAUUUUGCGGAGUUUCACGGUAAAUACAGGCAGCGAAAAGUAUAUUACCAGAAUUGGGUAGCAGACUACGAUGGUUGAAU